AGCAAAAAACACCCACCACCUCCCCCACUCUUUACUUUAAAAUCCCCAUCAUAUCCUUAUCUCUCCUUCCUUUUCACUCCACCCAAUCUCCUCUUUUUUCUCUCUCCUCCUCUUCAAUGGCUUCCAAUUUCAUACUCAUUGUCUUACUCUCUCUCCUCUUCACUAUCCCUUCCUCAGAAUCUCGCCUAUCUACAAAUUACUACUCCAAAUCAUGCCCCAAAUUCGAAGAAAUCAUGCAACAUACCACAAAAACCAAACAAAUCAAAUCCCCAGCCACCGCCGGCGCCGCACUCCGGCUCUUUUUCCAUGACUGUUUCGUCACCGGCUGCGAUGCUUCGGCGUUAAUCUCGUCCACUCCCUUCAACAAAGCCGAGCGUGACGCCGACAUCAACCUCUCUCUUCCCGGCGACGGCUUUGACGUCGUUGUACGCGCUAAAGCGGCACUUGAGCUGUCUUGUCCCGGUGUCGUUUCUUGCGCCGAUAUCCUCGCCGUCGCAACUCGAAACCUCGUCUCAAUCGUCGGUGGUCCGUACUACACUCUACUUCUAGGUCGCAAAGAUAGUCUCAUUUCAAAAGCGUCGUUAGUUUAUCCUAACACUUUGCCUAAACCUACUAUGUCAAUAGAUGAAAUGCUCUCUAUUUUUGAGCGUCAUAAUUUCUCUGCAAGAGAGAUGGUUGCUCUUAGCGGGGGCCACUCAAUAGGUUUUUCUCAUUGCUCCGAGUUUGCUUCCGGGAUCUAUAAUUAUAGCUCAACUCAGGAAUUUGACCCGACUUAUAACCCUAGAUUGGCUCAAGGAUUGAAAAAUGCUUGUGCAAAUUACAAAAAGGAUCCGAGUUUAUCUGUGUUCAAUGAUAUAAUGACGCCUAGUAAAUUCGACAAUGUUUAUUUUCAGAACAUACCUAAAGGAUUGGGGAUCUUGGCUUCAGACAGAGUAUUGUAUAGUGAUGCAAGAACUAGACCAUUUGUAGAUUUGUAUGCACAAGAUCAGAACGCGUUUUUCAAUGAUUUUGUUAAAGCUAUGCAGAAAUUGAGUCUUGUUGGGGUUAAAACUGGAAGACAUGGUGAGAUUAGGCGAAGAUGUGAUGCUUUUAAUAAUUAAAACUUGAUCAAAAAUAAAAAUUCAAAUAGUUUACAAAAUUAAGUAUAAACAAAGAGUUGAUGAUAAUUUGUAAUAAUUUAUUAUUACAUUUUUGAAGAUAUUAUUAUGUUUAUUUUUUGAUCUGGGAAAUUUAAUUUGUUUCUGGGUAUUGUUUAUACUAGUAUUUGUAUUAGAUAGUAGUGAAUGGAAUCUAUGUGUGUAUUCGCAUUGUUAUUACAGCAAAGAUUAAUGUACACUGAUUAUUUAUCAUUGCUUCACUUUGCAAUUAACGUUCUUUUAAUUUAUAAUUUUUGUAUUUAUUUAAAUUCAAUAGAAAUAAAAAGAAAUUGUGUAUUUGU